CGUGUCUGUCCUUGGAACAUGAAGAGAAACUGAUGCAAUGUUCUAAAAAGUUUCAACUUAGGAUAUUUCAGCAUAUAACAUAGAAUAAUUUUCUGAGUUUAGACACAAACCAGGUUUACACUGACUAGAACAAGCAGACAAAAUGUCGAAAUUUGCCCACUGCUUGCCAGAUGGCUAUGGCUAUGUUGUUUUGGUAGGAGUUGGGUCAACAUUUGUCAACAUGUGGAUGGCAGUUAAUGUGAUGAGAGCUCGUAAGAAGUACGAAGUGGAGUAUCCAGAUUUGUACAGCAAAACAAGCAAAGAGUUUAACUGCAUUCAGAGAGUUCAUCAGCAUACACUUGAAUCCCAGUCACAGUUUUUGAUGCUUCUCUUCAUUGGAGGACUGCAGUAUCCGAAAAUAACUGCAGCAACUGGGGUUGUGUACCUCAUUGCCAGAAUUGCCUACGCCUCUGGCUACUACACUGGAGAUCCUUCAAAGAGAAGGCGAGGGGCUUUUGGUCACUUUGCCGAGUUGGUGCUUUUGGGAAAUGUCAUCUCCUUUGCCUGCCAUCAGCUGAAAUGGAUACCAUUUGGAAAAUGCACACGUUGCUAGAAGCUGACAUUUAGAUUUUUCUGCCUGCAGACCAGAGUUGUUCAAGAUCCACUUGAUAGAUUUUACUCUCCUUUUUUUUCUGUGGUCUCGUUUGUGUGUUAGCCCUACGUACAAAUAUUCUGUAUGGAUUUUUAUCAUCAGAAAUCAUGAAAGUUGAUUUGGUUGUGUCGGCCUUUAGUGAGAGCAUUCACUAUGACAGUCUGUGCAUUGGCAAUGUUUUUAUUACACAAAAAUAACAGGACAACUCAUUGUAUUUAAAUUUUUGGAGUAUUUAUAAAAUUUAAUGUCUGAUGAGUUGGAUGUUUACACACUUCUGCUGGAACAGGACAUGAUAAGUUUUUAGUUUAUUAUUGUAUUACUUCUAUAUCUAUAAUAAUUGUGAUUUGGACUAACUUUUACAGCGACAAUUGAAAUAUUUGUACAUAAUUUAUGUAUAUGUACAGAUCAGAUUGAUAAAAUCACCCCCGAUGAAUUGUCCAGUUGUUUCUCAAAGUACAUGUAUGUUAAUGAUACACAUCUAGAUACACAAAUCUGUGUUUCAUGCUAGAAUGUGUAGGCCUACAAGUAUCAUCUGUUUUUUACUAAUUAAAUAAUGGGGUUGUUUUUCCUUCUGAAUUUGUACAUGUUCUAAUUUAUUUCCAACUUGACAUAAUUAAUUGUGUGCAAGUGCUUCAAGAUGAAAUUUUUCUAAUCAUGGUCAACAAGUGACACAAUAUUAGAUUACUAAUCAUGGUCAAUAAGAGAUGCAAUAUUCAAUAUUCAUUUCACAUCAUAAAGUUGUUAUUGCAACUCUGUAACGACUGGUGCUUUGAACUAAGAACUUACUGAUAAUCUUUUUAACAGAAGUAUUUUGUUUAAAUACUUGUGAAUUCCAGCUGAUGAGUUUGGGCUGUUUCAACUCUAGCUUGGUUUUUUUUUGUUUGCAUUGUUGUAUUGAAUUUGUAUCAGUGCAACAGAGGUUUAUUCAGUGCAACGGCCAGCUUUUGCUUACCUGUUAGUGGCAACAUGAAGUGGCGACAGCGGGUUUCCUCUCAAUAUCUUUGUGGUCCUUAACCAUAUGUCUGACGCCAUACAACCGUAAAUAAAAUGUGUUGAGUGCGUAGUUAAAUAAAACAUUUCUUUCUUGUUAGUGGCAAAUAUUUUUGUCACUUCACCAAGUAUGCUUAUGUGUAGUUUUGAAUUUUUUACAGUUUUAUCAGUUCUAUGGUGAUAAUCUUUUCUACUAUUCUACAUAAUAAAUGCAAAAACAAAAUUACUUUGGAGAGAUGCAUUUUGUAAUUUUGGGUAAAGAAUUUAAUUAAAGGGAAGCCUUUCACUGUAGUAAUUGAGUUGGGUGUUUUUUUGUGAGUACUCAAGUUCAUGAGUUUUUGCAAACAACUUAUUUUAAAAUAAUUAAGGUGUUCUUAGAUACAACAUGAAGAUUCAUUUUUGGAUCUUGUCUAAAUUGUAUCGAGUUUUUACAAAUCUUUGUUCACACAAGGAACUGUGCAGUUUUCUCAAAAUUUUAAUACCGUAUACUAAACAAAAUCAGUAAUGCUUAUUUCUUACCAUCUGAAAGGAAUAUGAAUGAAUAUACCAAUGAAAACAAGUUCAUGCACAAGUAUCACCAGGUAUAUUUGUAAUGGAUUUAUUUUUUUGCAAGGAACUAGUAACAUUUAUGGCAAAAAAAAAUGUUUUAAAACAAACCUCUGCAAAGAUAGAAAAAGGUUUGUUCAUACCAACACUCCAAAUCCCAGGGUUAUUUAUCAUAUUAAAUCAAAUAAAUUUCUAUGGAUUGCAUCUUAACAUCAGCAGUUACUGUGCAUAACUGAAUUUGGAGUUAUACCUGGUUCAAUGUGAAUGGUUUCACAAAGGCACAGUAAGCAUUAUAAAUAUAAUGAACAUGAAGUUUUUGAUGACUAAAAAAAAAUUGCAUCUCCAGUUGAUUUUAAUUGCCCAAAUUCUGUGUUUUGGAACUAGUUAAAAUGUGAAAUAGCUGUUAAUUGCUAUCGCUAAUAAUACCAUUCUGGCCUGCAGGAAAGCAGUAGAUGGAGCAUAUAUGUUUGUUAUAAAUUAAAAUAAAAAGUCUUGUUAUUAAUGUGAUUGUUGCUUUAUAUAUCAUUUUCAAAAACGAUGGUAUGCCUGCAUAUGGAAAUAUGAUACAAGUUGGUACACAUGUAUAGGUUACAAAUUUAAUGACGAUUGAAAUUUAAUGAUGAUUGUCCUCUGUACUCAAUUCAUUGUCACAUUCCAUUCCUUUCUAAGCAAAGUAAAUGCAAAUUGAUAGCCAGUUGCUGGUAUCUUUUGAAUUCUUUCUGUGCAAAACUUCUGUUUGGCUUUGCAAAGACUUAAGUAUUGCAGAUGUUAAAAGUUGAAAUCCUAUUUUUUUUAUAUUUUUUUAUAUAGAGUUUUCAAAACAAUAUCUGUAAAUGUCUUUAAUCAUGCAUAUCAAUUUGAUUAAUAAUUAUAGUAUUUAAUAAAUGUGUUUAUUUAAAGGGAAGCACAGAACAAGUAUACCAUUAUAUUGAAUGCUAUGCAACUAUGAUACUUUAUAUUAUAACAUUUAUGUAAUUGAUUAGUUUACACUUUGGUCUUUUAUCAGAAUGUGUUGUAUCGCAGCAAACAGAAUUUCGUACAGGUGUUUUUCACUGUUCAUAUUUCAUCAUUUAUAAUUGUCAAUGUUGUUGCUUUUCAGCUGUACAGCUGUGCUUGUUGUAGCUUCAAGCUCAGACUAGAAGAGAGGAGCUAGUCCUUAAUAAAAAAAAAAAGACAAA